AUGACUUCCCAUGUAAAACGGAAGGAGAGGGUCAGUGUGGUGGACUACGACAUACAGAUCAAAGAGGUUCGCUGUCAGCUUGUGGACCAGCUAAAGGUACUGGAUUCGCAACUUGAGCAGAAGAGCCAACAGCUGCAAGACCUGACAGACUACCUGCGGCGACGGGGUGAGAUUGAAAGCGAGUAUGCCCGCUCCCUUGAAAAACUAGCUGAAAGGUUCACAUCAAGGGUCAAGAGGAAGGAGACCAGCAGUAACUCAGUGGCCCAAGUAUGGCUCACUCUGCUGACCCAGACCCGCCAAGAAAGUAGGGACCAUAAUGGACUGAGUGAAAGCUGCAGCAACUUCCUCACCCAACCUCUCUCACAUUGCAUGGAGUACACGCAACGCCUUGCAAAGAAGAGUAAAGACAUCUGUGUUCAGCUACAAGAUGGACUGCUCAAGGUUACCACAGAGCUACAGACUGCGUGGCGAACAUACUACCAGUACCACACAGAAUACAUGUGUGCAGAGGGGAAGCUGAGGGAAGCAGAGAAGCAAGAGGAAAAGCAGAAGCAGAGUGCAACUAAAAAACUAGAGAGGCUGAUAGAAAAGAGACAAGGCAAAGUGCAAGAAAUACAGCUGAAGUGCAGCAAGGCCCGAAACGAGUACCUCCUGAACUUGGCUGCAGCCAAUUCCUCCAUGAAUAAGUACUACCUGGAAGACAUCACUACUCUCAUUGAUUGCGCAGAUACAGGUUACCACAUCACUUUGGGCCAGGUGAUGCAAGCCUACUUGUCUAGACGGUGGAAGGCCCAGGAUAACCUGAGCACAGGUCUGCAGCAAAUCGAGGAGUCCGUGUCUAGACUGGAGCAGAGCCGGGACAGAGACAUCCUCCUGCAGGACAACUACAAUGCCUUCUCUAUGCCCCUUCGCUUCCCCUAUCAGCCCCAUGAUGGAGACCAGGUCACUGAGGUUAGUGCAGAGUGUGAGAUGAGAUGCGAUCUGGAGAUGCGAUUGAAACAGAUACAAACACGACUGCAAGUCAUCACCCAGGAAACAGAGGAGGCUAAUAAGAGCAUGUCAACGGCCCAGUCUUCUCUGCUGGAGGGCAUCAGUGAAGAUCUGGAGCCUAAUAGUGGUUCAUCUCAGGAAGGCAGCACUGAAAAUCUGACAAUGAAGCCCAGUGUUGCUCGACGACGGGCCAACCUGCAGGAAAUAGAAUGCCUCUACUUCACUAAAGUAAAGGACUACCUUGUUGGCAGCUCUCUGGUAUCUAAACUACAAGCCAAACAUGAUCUGCUUAAAGAGGCUGUGGAAAAAGCUGAAAUAUCAAAAGAACCUCAGUCCCGACACAUUGGAAAGUCCAUGCGGGCCAGAAAGAAUCACUCAAGUGCCAAUUUGAUGCACAACCAAAAACUUUUCAAUGGAGACAUGGUGUCCUUCAUAAAGGCAUCAGGACAACAGAUUCCAGUUGUUGUGGAAAGCUGCAUUCGCUACAUCAACCUCAAUGGUCUCCACCAUGAAGGGAUAUUUAGAGUGCCAGGGUCACAGGUGGAGGUCAAUAAUCUCAGGGAUGCUUUUGAGCGAGGAGAGGACCCCUUGGCUGAGGUGAGGUAUGACCUGGACUCUGUGGCUGGAGUGCUGAAGCUCUACUUCAGAGGUUUAGAAAAUCCACUCUUUCCCCUUGACAGCACCAAUCAGCUCCUGGAGCAUGCCCAAAUAAAGAAUGAGGUGGAGCGAGCAGCUCAGCUGAAAGCUGUCAUUUCUUCCUACCCCGAGCCCGUUAUCAUCGUCAUGAGAUACCUCUUUGCAUUCCUUCAGCAUGUGUCUCAGUAUAGUGACGAGAACAUGAUGCAGCCUUACAAUUUGGCUGUGUGUUUUGGCCCGAGCCUGAUAAGAGGGGCUCAGGAUGAUGAUGUUGUGACCCUGCAGCCUCAGAUCAAUGCUUUGGUGAAGGGCAUCAUCAUUCAGCAAGAAAGCAUCUUUCCCAGUCAGAGUGAAGUACCAGGACCAGUUUAUGAGAAAUGCAUGACACUAGAACUUGAUGACUGUGAGACUAUUGCUGAUGAUGUAGAAGUUGAAUGCACCCCUAGCAAAGAUGAUUCAGAAACAGGCUUCUCAGCUGACAACAGAACAAGCAUUUCUGCAGCAGCAGCACAGAAAAAAGGAGAACGUCCUAGAGCCAAUAGCAGCGGCGCCCUAGACCGCAGCAGACUAACAGCUGUACCAGGAGGGGGUGGUUUCAUUUCAGGUGGAAAGUACAUGCUACAGAUUCCUGUCGGGCAGCAAUGUAAGCCAAGGAGGAUGCCCUCUCCUUGUUAUGGGCGAGAAUACGAACGACGCUCAUCUGAGGAUAUAGCCCUUCAAGUGGACAAGGAAGUCUGUCGCCAAAUGGACUCAGUCUUCAAGGAGCUUCUGGUUCGGCAAAACCAGCAGGAUCCCAUCUCCACUGUGUCCUCCCCUGCAGUCCAGAUUCCCCAGAAGAAAGGAAAGCAGGAUGGGCGCAGGGGGAGAGGAGCGGGGCUCUUCAAAUCGGCAGAUUCAGAGGACUGAGAGGAUCAGCACCAGCGCAUGACGCACAGGGCAAGAGAGAGAUGAUACAAAUGAAAGUUGAGGUGUAGCGUGAAGGACUCUGACAGUAGCUUUCAGCACAUCUAUUUCUAGAAACCUGAGAUCCUUUCUCUGAGGUCUCCUUGCCUGGUUUAGGCUUCUCUCGACAGAAGCGCUCCAAACUCAGUUCUCUCAUACAUGUCAUGUACAGCAGAUUUUCACAGGCCUGCAGUACAGUGUCAAAACUGUGAGUUACUUGAAAUGCACAGAUGUGAUUGUAGGCAAUUUUCAUAUUUGCAUCUCUCGGUUUAUAUUGAACAGCUGCCAGUCAGUACAGACAUUAUUCUACAUUCUUCACCAGAUGGCUUUCAAAAUGAGAUGCUGCCACAGCAUCGGUGUAGAAAACUGUGAACAUGAUCGUUGUAUAUUUCAAUUCCUACUUAUAUCAAACUCUGAUUUAUCUGUAUAUCUGAACUACAUGCCAAAUAAAUAAUUUGUCUAGUCUUACUGCUUUAUUUAAAUA